CAUUGGUGAUGCCAGGUUCAGCGCGCUCAGACACACAGACAGCUGGACACACAGGACCCUUGGAUGGACCCUGUCCUCUCCCGUCCCAUUGUUCAGGGCUGUCCACCUGGUUCUUCAGACUUCAGCCCCCUCCUUAACUUGAGUUCUGAGUGGUGUUGAGAGACGGACCUUCAGUCCCCCUCUAGUGCUAAGAUGACGAAGGAUUACCAAGAUCUCCAGCACCUGGACAACGAGGAGAAUGACCAUCACCAACUCCGGAGAGAUUCAUCUCUCCCUGCAUGCAGCCCAAACCGCACAGGAUUCACCGAGAGAGGGAGAAACCCACCUUUCCCACACUUCGGUGGAACAGAGGACUCCCCAGGGCCGCCUCCCACUCCACCGCUCCUGCAUCGUCUCUGCUCUGGAUCCCGCCUCCUGCUGCUCUCCUUGGGCCUCAGCCUUUCGUUGCUGGUGGUUGUCAGUGUGAUCGCAUCCCAAAACUCCCAACUCCGGGGAGACCUGCUGGCUCUAAAGCAGAAUUUCAGCAACUUCACUGUGAUCUCUGAGGACCAGGUCAAGGUCCUAGGCACUCAGGGAGUUAGCGUGGGAAGAAAGAUGAAGCUACUGGAGUCACAGCUGGAGAAACAGCAGCAGGAUCUGAGUGAAGACCACUCCAGCUUGCUGCUGCACGUGAAACAGUUAGUGUCUGACCUGCGCAGCCUGAGCUGUCAGAUGGCGGCCCUUCAGGGCAACGGCUCUGCGAGGAACUGCUGCCCCAUCAACUGGGUGGAGUACGAAGGCAGCUGCUACUGGUUCUCCGGCUCCGCCAGGCCCUGGGCUGAGGCUGACAAGUACUGCCAGCUGGAGAAUGCCCGCCUGGUGGUGGUGACCUCCUGGGACAAGCAGAAAUUUGUCCAGCACCACAUGGGCCCUGUAAACACUUGGAUUGGCCUAACUGACCAGAACGGGCCCUGGCGAUGGGUGGAUGGGACCGACUAUGAGACGAGCUUCAAGAACUGGAGACCAGGGCAGCCGGAUGACUGGUCUGGGCAUGGGCUUGGAGGAGGUGAGGACUGUGCCCACCUCACCAACGAUGGCCGCUGGAAUGAUGACGUUUGCAGGAGGCCCUACCGUUGGGCCUGCGAGACAGAGCUGAACAAGACCAGCUAGGAGCUCCCUCCCCUUAAUUUAUUUCUCCUGUGCCUCAAGCUGCUGAGGUUUGGGAUUGCAAGAGCCUACCUGGGGGUCUCCACAGCCUCGGGGAUUCUCAUCUAGGAUUUUCAGGGAAGGGUAAAGAACGGUGUUGGAGGGGUGUGGCAUGAUGCCUGGUGGGGUGGGGUCAUGGGGACCUGGGACACUGGGCAGUGUGCAGCUUACUGUUGUUCUUGUUAGAGUAAAAAGGAGAGAACUGUGCUUAACCGCC